AUGUAUAACCUAGAUAGCGUUGAAGACGCGUAUGAGCUGCGGGACCCCGGGGACGAUAGGAGGACCCAUCCAGUAGGGCUAGAGGACAUACCAAGAGGGUCUGAUCCUCCGCCCUACCCUCAUGCGCAAAAUGAUGAGCUUGUAGAACUUACAAAACAGCUACAGGAACUUAGUGGGCUGACGCCCGCGUCAGCUAUAGCGAAGGAAGCUAAUAGUAUAGUAAAUGCAAUAACAGCUCCCACGGCCCCUGCAAUGGAGGAUUGCGAGAGAAAUGAUGAACGAUCGUGGGAGCCGAUUCGCGCAAGCAUGUAUCCCCGCCUUCGAGGGGAGAUACCUAGCAUAGUGCCGCUGAAUGAGCAUUCGGGGAGCUCAGGAAGCACCUGGACCGCAUUCGGGGACCCAGAUGAUCGGGAUAGUGAUGGCUCUGAUGAAGAAGAGGAAAGCCCAUCGGGCGCUAACAAAAUAGAUAGUGGCCACGAAAUAGUGGAAUCCGAUGAAGAUAUAGAGGAGAACCCCAUAGGAGACGACGAGGAUCGCAUGGAGGGAGGACCCGUUCACGCCCUCCGCGGCGAGGCAACCUCGUCUCACCCGAAAAACGCAGAGUAG